UAUAAUCUUAUCCGGUUAUCCACAACUCUCAAGAAAUAUCAACGGCUUCCCGCCAUACAGACACUCAAGCUGAAGCAAAAACCACCAGAAAGAUCAAUGGCUUCUUCCAUUUUCUCUGUACUUCAAGGCUCUGCUUUUCUUUCUUCUUCGGUAUCCCACAAAAUCAGCUCUUUCUCCUUUCCAAUCCCACCCAAAGCCCCACUCCUUCACCUAAGAAAACCUCUCUCCGCCAAAUCUCUUGCGUCUGUCGAAAUGGACACUUCAUUGUCGCCUGCGAUUCAGACCUUUUGGCAGUGGUUAUGGGAAGAAGGGGUCAUCUCUUCAAAGACGCCGGUGGAGCCUGGGGUCGUGCCGGAAGGCCUCGGACUUAUUGCCAGGAGAGACAUUUCGCGAAACGAGGUCGUUUUGCAGGUUCCCAAGAGGCUCUGGAUAAACCCCGAUGCGGUGGCGGCUUCGGAGAUUGGGAACGUGUGUAGCGGAUUGAAGCCUUGGUUGUCGGUUGCUCUGUUCUUGAUUAGAGAGAGGUCAAGGGAUGAGUCUAUUUGGAAGCAUUACUUCAGAGUUCUCCCAGAGGUCACUGAUUCGACAAUAUAUUGGUCAGAGGAGGAGCUCUCUGAGCUUCAAGGUACUCAACUUCUGAAUACAACACUAGCCGUGAAAGAAUAUGUGCAGAAUGAGUUUCUAAAACUGGAACAAGAAAUCGUACUCCCUAAUAAGACGCUUUUCCCUUCUCCGAUCACACUGGAUGACUUCUUUUGGGCAUUUGGAAUUCUCAGAUCGAGGGCUUUCUCUCGCCUUCGCAAUGAAAAUCUGGUGGUGAUUCCACUUGCAGACUUGAUAAACCAUAGUGCGAGAGUAACUACUGAAGAUCAUGCAUAUGAAAUUAAAGGAGCAGCAGGCCUUUUCUCAUGGGAUUACCUGUUUUCCCUAAGGAGCCCUCUUUCUGUCAAGGCCGGGGAGCAGAUAUUUAUUCAAUAUGAUUUGAAGAAAAGCAAUGCAGAGUUGGCUUUAGACUACGGCUUCAUUGAACCAAAUGAUAACAGGAAUUCAUAUACCCUGACACUACAAAUAUCUGAGUCUGACCCCUUUUUUGAUGAUAAACUAGACAUUGCAGAGUCCAAUGGUUAUGGUGAGACUGCAUAUUUCGACUUCUUCUUCAACCGACCACUUCCACCAGGCCUGCUUCCAUAUUUGCGUCUCGUGGCACUUGGUGGCACUGAUGCUUUCUUGUUGGAAUCUCUAUUCAGAAACGCCAUUUGGAGCCAUCUUGAUCUGCCCGUGAGCCGUGACAAUGAGGAGCUAAUAUGUCGAGUUGUUCAAGAUGCCUGUAAAACUGCCCUUACUGGAUAUCAUACCACACUUGAAGAGGAUGAGAAGUUAAAAGAAGAAAAGUUAGAUUCAAGGUUGGCAAUUGCAGUGGGAAUAAGAGGAGGAGAAAAAAAGGUGCUGCAGCAGAUUGAAGAUAUCUUCAAGGAGAAACAGGCAGAGUUGGAUCUGUUAGAAUAUUAUCAUGAAAGGAGGCUCAAGGAUCUUGGUCUUUGUGGAGAAAGUGGUGAGAUACUUGGGGAUCUCAGCAAGUUCAUGUAAGAUCGCAGAAAAAGUCCCUUGAACUUGCACUAUGUUCUACAUUUCUAGAGGAAGAAGAGAAAACAUAACUUGGUAGAAGGGACUCUCUCAAAGAAGAAUUUGUGCUACUGACUCAACCAAUUCAUGGAAGAGGGUCACAGUCUGUGCUUGAUUGCUGCUUCCACCAGAGAGACAUGUACUGCAGGAAUUACAAUUCCUUCUGUACUAAUUAUAUAACGGUUCAACAGGUGUAGUAAGAAUCAGAAUGAACUUUUGGAUGUUGAAACGAUGCUGGUGUCGAAUUAAUCAAUGAAUGGGAAGUGAAGCUGAAGACCUAAAUCAAUGAA